CUCAUCGAUCCUCAUCUCCACUCUCACAGCUCCUCAUCUCCACUCUCACAGCUAAGUUCAAGAGUGAAGACCAAGCAUCGAAGCAGUACUUGACAAUGGCGAGCAAGCAGCACCCGGCUGUCCUCCUCGCCGCCUACGCCGUGCUCCUGGCCCUCGCCGCGCCCUUGCUCGCCGGCGACCCCGACAUGCUCCAGGACCUGUGCGUCGCCGACUACAAAUCACUCGACGGCCCACUGCGGCUGAACGGGUACCCGUGCAAGAGGCCGGAGAGCACGAUGGCAAACGACUUCUUCUCCGAUGUGCUGUCCGUCCCUGGCAGCACGGGCGGCAACCCGUCAGGCUCCGUGGUAACGGCGGCGACCGUAGACAAGGUCCCGGGGCUCAACACCAUGGGCGUGUCCAUGUCUCGCAUCGACUACGCACCAUGGGGCGCGAACCCGCCGCACACCCACCCGCGGGCCAGCGAGCUCCUCUUCGUCCUCGAGGGCUCCCUGGACGUUGGAUUCAUCACCAGUACCGGCAAGUUUAUCGCUCGCACCGUCUGCAAAGGGGAAAUGUUUGUCUUCCCACGCGGCCUCGUCCACUUUCAGAAGAACAACAAUGGUUCUCCCGCCGCCGCCAUAUCGGCCUUCAACAGCCAGCUUCCGGGCACGCAGAAGUUGGCUGAGGCAUUGUACACUGCCUCGCCGCCGGUUCCAUCCGACAUGCUGGCCAGGGCGCUCGAUGUCGACGACUGCAUGGUCGAGCCAUGCGUAAUUUAACAACUUAAUCUCGCGCGCAGCAC